CUCGAAAUACAAACCCGUUCUCGCAGCUCCAUGUGUGGUAACAGGCUCCUCCGCUACCACACUAUUUAAACUGAGGAUAUGUAUCAAGGAACAAGGGAGAAUCAAUGAGAUCAAACAGGAGGCAGAUGCUCCGUCAAUUACAAGCACUUGGACAAGUUUAACUUUUAUUUUUAUCUUUUGCAAGCAUUCUUUCAAAAACAACCUCAACAACGUCCAAAAAAAGAAGUCACCUUUAGACAAAAUAGUAUAUAGGUGGAAAGAGAAACAUCUCUAUAAUCUCUUACAGGGUCGCAGAUAUAAACUUAAAAACAACAACAACAAAAAGCUGGUGACAUUUCAGAAAAGGGCCCCUUUCCCGUCACUUGACGGUAGAGAGGGAAUUCCGUUUUCUAAGGGCACCCAAGGAGGCUCAGGGACUAAGGAGGUAGAGGAAAGGGGAAGGGAAAGGGAGAGGGAGGGAGAGUGGUGGUGGGAAGAAGAAAGACUAAGGUGAGUGGAAGAGGUAGCACUUCAGCGCAAUGCCAUCCUUUUUGUUACUCAGUUUCUCUUCUUGCGCGGUGCUCAGCUGGGCUCUCCUGGCAAGCGGCGGCGGCAGCAGCACGGGGAACCGAGGCGGCGGGCUCCCGGUGGUGGAGGAGACGCAGAAGAUCCAGGUUCUGGUGCUUCUACCCAAGGACAACGUUUACAUGUUCUCCUUGGCCAGGGUCAAGCCGGCCAUCGAGUACGCUCUGCGGAGCGUGGAAGAAAAUGGGACUAGGCGACAGCUGCUCCCGCAGGGCUACAGUUUCCAGGUGGACUAUCAGGACUCUCACUGCGGCAACCAGGCACUCUUCAGUUUAGUUGAUCGAGUGGCAGUGGCCCUGGGCUCUAAACCAGACUUGAUCCUGGGCCCUGUCUGCGAAUAUGCUGCAGCACCUGUGGCCCGGCUGGCAUCUCACUGGGACCUGCCCAUGCUGUCUGCCGGAGCUCUAGCUGCUGGCUUCAAGCAUAAGGAGAGCGAGUUCUCGCACCUUACCCGUGUAGCACCCGCCUACGCCAAGAUGGGAGAGAUGAUGCUCGCCUUGUUCCGGCAUCACCAGUGGAGCCGGGCUGCCCUGAUCUACAGUGAUGACAAGCUGGAGCGGAACUGUUAUUUCACCCUGGAGGGGGUCCAUGAGGUCUUCCAGGAGGAGGGUUUGCACACAUCCGCCUACAGCUUCGACGAGACCAAAGCCCUAGACGCAGAAGAGAUCGUGCGCUACAUCCAGGCCAGCGAGAGGGUUGUGAUCAUGUGUGCCAACAGCAACACAAUCAGGAACAUCAUGUUAACUGCUCAUCGGCAAGGAAUGACAAAUGGAGACUAUGCUUUCUUCAAUAUUGAACUCUUCAACAGUUCUUCAUAUGGAGAUGGCUCGUGGAAGCGAGGAGACAAACACGACCUUGAAGCUAAGCAAGCGUACUCAUCCCUCCAAACAGUCACUCUACUGAGGACAGUGAAACCCGAGUUUGAGAAGUUUUCCAUGGAGGUAAAAAGUUCUGUUGAGAAACAGGGACUCAAUGAAGAGGAUUACGUUAACAUGUUUGUGGAAGGAUUCCAUGAUGCCAUUCUUCUCUAUGGUCUGGCUUUACAUGAAGUUCUGAGGGCUGGCUAUAGCAAGAAGGAUGGAGGAAAAAUCAUUCAACAGACUAGGAACAGAACAUUUGAAGGUAUUGCAGGACAGGUAUCCAUUGAUGCCAAUGGAGACAGAUAUGGUGAUUUCUCUGUGAUUGCAAUGACUGAUACAGAAGCAGGUACCCAAGAGGUUAUUGGUGAUUACUUUGGAAAACUGGGUCGUUUUGAAAUGAGACCAAAUGUGAAGUUUCCUGGAGGACCUUUAAAAUUGAGAAUAGAUGAAACCAGAGUUAUGGAGCACACAAACUCUUCUCCUUGUAAAUCACGUGGCCUAGAAGAAUCAGCAGUCACAGGAAUUGUUGUGGGUGCCUUACUAGGAGCUGGAUUAUUAAUGGCCUUCUACUUUUUCAGGAAGAAAUACAGAAUAACCAUUGAGAGACGAAACCAGCAGGAAGAAAAUAACAUUGGAAAACAUCGGGAAUUAAGGGAAGAUUCUAUCAGAUCCCAUUUUUCAGUGGCAUAAGGAAAGCCUUCCCAUUCUUCCUUAAAUGCUUUAAGAAGAUGGACGGAAUGAGAAACAUCAGUGUAACAAAAGAGGGGCUCUUGAAGAACUCAUUCUUUUAAACAGUUAGCUCAUUUUGUUCUUAAAUUCUUUAGAAGCUCAGGAAUGAUUUACUAAUCACAUUAUGCCACAUGGCCUUUCAUCUCAUGACAAGCAAAUAUAAGGAUGAAGUGUUAUUCUAUAAGAUAUUCUUAUUUGUUUAGAGGGUCUAUGGAUAUGUUUAUGGUUCUUAAGUCUGAUAUCUCUAAAAUUUGGUGGCUCUACCAGUCAUGUCGAGCAAGGAUAUAAAGCUGUGGUUUCUUGGACUGAAAAACUUCCUUAUGACUAGUAUAAAAACAUCUUUACUUAUAGAUUAAUCUUGGAAAUGAUUUAACAUUCAAAACUCUCUUAAUGAAAAAUUGAAAGGUUCAAAAAAUAACGUUCCUCUCUAUAGCUGGUAGGCAGUUUUGAAGGUCAGUAUUGAUUUGUCCUUCUGCCAAUAUGUGCUAUCAGAUUCUAAUUACAAGUCUAAAAUGAAGAUCCCCCUUUCCAGGGGAAAAUAAAGUGUAAAUACUAAAGAGGUGUGAGAAGUUUUGUACAGGAAACAACUAUUAUGAGCUUUUUUUAAAUUACCAGGGAGAGGGGAGGGGAUGGAGAAGCUGGAAAUCUAUUCAACAAUAGCAUUUCCUUUUAGUUUUUUUUACCUUUUUCUUUUGAUGUUAGGAAACACCUAUUUUCUCACAUAUGUUUAACAUUUUAAAAUAGGAGAAGUAUGAAAUAUUUUUAAAACAUGGAAAAGGGCAUCAAGCUAUAAAGCUACAAAACAAUGAGUUCUUGCUAUAUAGAUGCUGAAAGGCACAUUUUUUCUUCUUCUCCUUUCCCUUGGCCUUAAAUGAAAGUGAGUUGAUUCCUUAAUGAUGAAGAAGCAGAAAUGGAGUCCCUUUUAAACUCCAAACAAUUGAUGUAUCAGUACAUCAGCCACUGAAAGCAGGUUACCGUAGUGGCAAAUAAACCCUUCCAACCAGUACCCAAAAGAAAGUAGAGAUGGACUUGGGGAUCAAUGUCUAUAAAUAAAGGAAAGAAUGUAAGUUUUGUAAUUAAAAGGAUGCAACUUUUCUUUCUGGAGGUCAAUUUGUAACCUAACACUAGAGGACAACUUCUAGAGGAUAAUUUAUUUAUCACCUAAGGUAUAAACCCAUAACAACGUGUUACAUAUAAGUUAUAAAUAUAGUGAAAGAUUAUAAUAAGCUAUAUUCAACUUUGAUACCAAAAGGUAAUCAUUAAAAUACAUUGAAAUAUUUGGUAAAUGCAAGAAUGUAAAUAUCUCCUAUGACCCUCCAACUAUGCCCAUGAAUCCUUAUGUUUUUUCCUAGUAAUUCUUGUUUAGCAGCUAGAUAGAUAUGGUAUUGGGAUUUCGUUCAAUUGAUUAAAUUUUCCCAGGCUUCCCAGUGCAUGCUUAGCACUGUCCAUAGAACUAUUCAUAGAGAUUUAGUUGUCAAGAUUCCAUUUUAGCUCCUCAGUUAGGAGAAAUAAAAAUCCCAGAAAGCUGGAAUUGUUUUUGCAUGUCUACAUCACAAAAAUGGAUAUUUUUGCAAAUAGGAUCUUUCUUCUGAAAAAUUCUGGGUAUUUGAUAAAUAUCUUGCUAUUCAUUCUGCCAUACAUUGAAAAGAGAACAAAUCACUGCUCCUCAUUUUAGGAGAGAGAAGUUUCUGUCUGAAAUUAUAAUAAUAAUCAGGUUUUAACUCGCAGAAUAGAAUAAAUUUUACCCAAAACUCGAAUUCCAUGUAACUUAGCCCAUGGCUUACUUUCCUUAAGAGCUUUUGCCUUUGUUUUUUGGAACUGUGCCCCCCCCCAUUUUUAAAUAAGAUGAAGAUAGCCAGCAGACAUGGAAAAGAAAUUUCCCCACCUUCUAAUUUCAUGUACUGACAAAAUUCCUUCAAAAUUUCUGGUUAUAUUCACACUUACAGUAGAGCCCUAAAUAUAACAAAAACUAUUUAGAAAGAAGGUAACUAAGGCAAGUGCUAAGAUUGGCUUGAAGGAAAUGAGACUUUUUGAAUGAGAUGCUGAAAUAAUAACACAAACAGAUGCAAAAGCAGCCAUCAUUUAGUGCCUCACAAAAAGUGAAAAUGAUAUUGAAAGAUUUACACCCUUAGCAUUUCUGUGAACCCAAGAGAACAUAUGUUUGUUGUGAUUAUUUACAGACAUUUUGCAUAAAGAAGUAACAGAGUAUCAGAGCAAUUUUUCAUGAUCUCCUUGAUCUUGUCUGUUGCUAUAUCUGUAUAUGAUUGGUAAAAUAUAUCCAUGUAAAUUUGUACCAUGUGAGCAGAAUCUAAAAAAAAAAAAAUUCUGCAUAGCGAUCUGGUCCAUAAGUCAUUUGAAAUCCAUCUUAAAGAGUUUUUGCCUUCUUCAGAAUAUGGGGAGGCCUAUUCAUUUGAUCACGCAGACUCAUUUUAUCUGUCAUUUUUAGAACAGGGUAGAGAAAUAUUUCCAAACUUCCAUAUCUAGAUCCAGACUGAAUUUCUUUAGGAAUUAGAGAAAAUUUGUGUUCAGAAUUAUCAAAACCUAGUCCAGAAUAUGAGAAAAUAUCUUAAAUGUUAGUCUUGCAUCUUUAAAUGUCAUUCUAAUUGAGUCUUAAAGUGGUUCUCUUGAACCAAAAUCUCCUUGCUCAUUAAAAUGACUGAUCAGUUGUCUCUUACUGAGCCACAAAGAGAACCACAUCUGUGUUUUGUGAAUGGGAAGACACUCACAAAGAGGUCAAAUGUCUUGCCCAAAGUUACACAACAAAUCAGAAUUAAGUCCCUUGAGAUUCUGAUUUUUGGUUUAGGAUCAAAACUGAUAAAUUUUACUAUUAUGCUUAUGACUCCAUAAAUUCGCAUUCAUUCUCUUCCAGCAUUCUCUUUCCAAAUUUCACAACAAAUGGAGUUUGGAUUUUUAAAUCACCUUUGUAAAAUUUUAUCAUAUGUUUUAUUUUUUAAAAGGUACUAAUUUUUAGUGUUUUCCAGACUGGCCACAGAUACAUUACUGGUAAUAAUGAACAAAAUAAACAUAAUUAUUCUUGGCUUUGGAAAAAAUAACAUUUUUAUUAUUUAUCUAUCACCAAUCUAUUCAGAUGGUGCUUUAGGUAAAGGAAGUUUUUCAGCUCUUCAACAAAUUGCCUUUAAGAUCCCCAAAGUAUAGACAACCCUUUGAAUUUCUUUGGAGAAUCAGCAGCCUAUAUUUCCUGGAGCCAUAAACUCAUUUCCAAAUUCCUAGAAACAAUUCUUUACAUUUCAGACUCUUUUUAGAAAGGGUAGAGAGGUUGGAAGGAGGCUUCCUUUUCCCAGGCUUGCCAAUGAAUGGCUUUUCUUUUCCUUCUCAUCAAAAUGCCAUGAUUCCUUUCAGAAUUUCUUAUUGCUUUCCUUUUUCUUUCUAACUUAUGGGUUCAUUGAUUUAUUUGGUCAUAGAGCUUGUUCAGUCGCCACCCCAUCCAAGCCCUUCUUAUGUCAUAGAUGCCCCCAGAAUCAUUGAACUAGAAGGGACUUUAUGAAUUUGGUGCAAGCCUCAAUCCCUCCCUCUCUUCUUCUUUUUUACAAAUGAGGAACAACUGAGACCCAGAGAAAGGAAAUGGUUUUCUGAGAAUCCUUUUGUAAAUGCUUUCUGCUGGUUCUAAAAAAAAAUCCUUAUGAGAUUUGAAUUUUUAAAAUUAAUUUGUCUAACUUGAAAAUCUACAUCCAGUCAAAGACAAGACUUUCGAAAAUACCUUGGAGAGAAGGGAAUACAUUGCCUAAUGACCUCCUGUUAAAUUAGCAUACACAAAUAGUUCAUGGAGGUGUCCUUAGAAAAGAAAUAGACAAUGAUGUCAAAUUCAUGAAUGUUAAGAAGCACACUACUUGUAUAGAUGUAGAUGAUUAAUAUUAAAGUAGAAUGAAUAUAUAGCAAUGUUCUUUGGCAACAGAGUAAAUUGAUAUAUUGCCUGGAAAUGGUAAAAAUAAUGUCACACAAAAUAAUGGCAGUUCAAUUAAAGGUGUGUGGUAGUUUAUUUUAAUCUAUUCUACUUGAUAAGUCAACUAAUAAUGAACCAAAUUCUAUUGCAGAGUUAAGUAAUGAGAAAAGAUAAUCCUCUACUUGAGUUGAGAAAUUGGAAGAGGGGAAUGAGAAAUAAUAGUUUGUUAGAGUUUUUGCCUUUCUACCACCCCUUUAAACUAGUUUAACACCAAUGGUUUGAUCCCCAAUAGCUCUUCUGAGGAGAUAAGCAGCAAUGAACAUGUCAGGGCUUAUAGCAAAAAUCAGAAAAAGGGAGAGUUGCAGGUAUUCAUGGGAAGAUCAGCCAAUGAAAGAGGUUGCGAUGGUGCCAGAUUAUAGGUACUCCACCCCAUUCAUAGAUGACAUUAAAGGUAACCUCAGCAUCUUGCCUAUGCAGGUAAAAACUUGCAACUCAAACAUGCAUGCUUUUUGAAAGAAGAAAAGAUGAAACAUUCAAGGCUUUUAGGAAUCCUUAAACUAACUCUAGACAAGCUUUUGGAGUAAUGUAAAUCAAUCUUUCCUAGAUAUGGAAAGAAACUAAGCUCUUUGACUUUCAAAUACUUUAAUAGUAAAGAUAGACUUUACAGGUAUCUCUUCUAAUGGAGAUGCUCAAAAGCUAGAUUUUGGUAUAAAAUGACUCUCAAAGGGUGCUAGAUUGGACUCUGUUCAAAUUUCUCAUUAACCACUAAUUCUAUAACAAAGGCAAAAUAGUAUUCUAGACAAUCUAAUAUUUUUAUGUGAACAUUUUAAGUUAUGACAUUUAAGACUCAGAAUAGAUUCAAUAUGAAUGGAGCAUCAGAAAUCAAAAUCCUUACAUUUGGUAAUUCUUUGAUGUUUCAGGUAUUGGAUAACUGUUAGAAUAAGCAAAAAAAAACCUAGUUUAGUUGUUCAAAAUUGCUAAGUUAUUUGGCACGGGGGGAAAUUCACCAUUUGCCAACUGUAAAGCAUAAUUUUGAAUUACAUAUAGGGACUCUAUUCAUUAGGGAAUGCAUUAAAAGUGGGCAGAAGAUAGCAAGACCUGAGGAGGUUUGAGAUUUUGAUAUCAUGUCCUAUUUAUUCAAUGUCCAAGUUAAGAAAAUGUUGCCUGAGAAUGUGUUUUAUUCUUAUUAGUGUGAUAAGAGUUCUUCUGAAAAUCCUGAAGAUACAACUAUUUCGAUUUGGCCUUCAUAGCAAUGUGAUGUAUCAUAGAACUAAUGACUUGUUUCCAUUCAUAAGGCAUAUAAGUGAAACCAAAAGGGAAUCAGAAUAGAAAUUGUAGAUGUAUAACUGGCCCCUUCUUUUGGUUGAUACUGUUCAUCCUUAAAUGAAACACAGACACAGUUACAAGAAAUGCAAUUCUGAUUACCCACUCUCAGGCUGGUAGGGAGAGAAAGCCAAAGCUGCACAUCUACAUCCUGUGCAUUGUACCAAUGUAAGUAGAACUAUCUGCAUAUAAUGUGGUUUAAUUUAUUGUUAUUUUGUGUAGAAAGUAUCAAUGACUAUGGACAUAACCUCUGUUUAUUUGUGUGAUAUAUUUUAUUUCUGGUGCAAGUUGAGCAUUGAAAGUAUCUACUUCAUUUGCCAUGUCAACUUGUGUGUAUAUGUUCUUGUAAAUGUUUCUAUUAAGCAAGAAUGUCACAUACCCAGAGUAUAACAAUAUGUUCACAUUAAAAAAUAUCCUACUACAGAGAACUUAAAAUGAUUACUUUUUCCCCCUGAUUUUGACCCAACAGCUUCAAAUGAUGCACAAUGUACACAGUCACUAUUAAGAUGCUCCCCUUUGAACUGGUUUUGGUAAAAACAUUAGCCAUAAUGGACAACAAUGAAUUAAAAUGUGUGUGUCACUCAACAA